AUGCAAUUUUAUAGUAAAGAACACGAAAUUAAUGGUAAAGUCGCACUUAUUACGGGAGGAGUGAAGAAUCUCGGAGCAGCAACAGCAUACGAGUUAGCAAAGUGCGGGGCUAGUUUAUUUUUGCACUAUCAUUCAUCAAAAGAUAGUGACGCAGCUGAGAAGUUGGCGAAGGAAUUGCAAGGUACAUAUGCAGACAUCAGAGUGGAACUCUAUCAAGGUGACUUGGACAAAGCUGCUGACUUGACCAAGCUUUUUGAUGCGGCCAAACAGAAGUUUCCUCAAGGAGUUGAUAUCGCUGUUAACAAUGUCGGGAUGGUAUUAAAAAAGCCUAUCAAAGAUAUCACUGAAUCUGAAUUUGACCAAAUGGGCAGUAUCAAUAAUAAAACUGCUUUCUUCUUUGUCAAAGAGGCUGCUAAGAACGUUAAUGAGAACGGCAAAAUUGUUUCUUUAGUCACGUCACUUUUAGCUGCAUACACUCCAUUCUACUCUGCAUACCAGGGUAAUAAAUCAGGGGUUGAAUACUAUUCGAAGUCAGCUUCGAAAGAAUUACAAUCCAAGGGUAUCUCAGUGAAUUGUGUAGCUCCAGGGCCAAUGGAUACUCCGUUUUUGUACGGCCAGGAAACUAAGGAAGACGUUGAAUUCUACAAAACAUGCGGGUUACACGGCAGAUUAACUAAAGUUGAUGAUAUCGUUCCUAUUAUUAGAUUUUUAGUUACUGAAGGUAGUUGGAUUACCGGUCAAACAAUUUACUGUUCUGGUGGAUUCACCGCUCAUUAA